CAGACCGAGUGAAAGAGAAAGAGGCGAAAAGAGAAGGGAGGGAAUCAAUUCCUGGGGCUAUCCCAUACGGCAAAUCGACAGUGAUAGUGGCAGGAAACAAAGUACAUCAAAUGAAACAAAGGGCUGGUGGUCAGCCUCAUGAAAUCAUUGAAAAGAACUCCACGGAGGUUGGACUUAAAAUGAAACAACUACAGUAUUACUGAGCGAAUUGGUUUUUUAGAAACUCUGUUGCGGUACGUGAACGGAGUCAAUUAGAAAUAAUAAAAAUCUUCAUUUUGUCUCUCCUUUGAUACUGAUUCGUUUUUUAAGUACUAUAUCCAUUGCCGGGUGUAUCGAGGGAGGAAGAACUUCUAAGAAAAGGCAACAACUUCGGAUUUUUCACACUGAUGUUUUAAAUACCGAGGCAACAAAGCGACGAUAUUAUACGAGUUGCCUACUUUUGGAAUCGGGAAGUGUGCGAGAUGACUGAUUCGGUGAGUGAUGACUUGUCUUUUGUGACCUUUGAUCCAAUGCUCUGACUGGUGUAGUGAAAGGGUGGAAGAGAGGGACCAAACUGAAUUGAACAGCUGAAACUGAAUCUAUCAAACAAAAUGUCCCUCCCAGAGCCAGCCCCUCACUCUCAUACACCACUGUCCUCCAAACCUGUCCCCAAAUCCAAGCCCCCUGUGCCAAGCAAGCCCUCACAUAAUGGUUCAGAUUGUCCAGCAGUGCCAAAGAAGUGCAAUGAAACGAAAAACGUGGGGAAGGUGAAGAAGAUUGUGAGUAAGUUCACUGAACAGGAAAUCAUGGAUGGAGGAGGGCGCACAGGGGAGAUGUCGAAGGGAAGGCCCAAAAGGGCCCCCACCAUUAAACCCAAACCCCGACGAAUACUCCAGACGGGAGUGCAGGCCCCACCACUACCAUUGAAGAUGAGUCGCAGGGUAAAGAUGGUGAAAAAGGAAGCCAAUGAGGAGGUGCCAGGACAAGGAGAGAACGUGACCAUCUCUGUCAGAGAGGAAGGAGGGCGAUCAGCACCUGAUGGCAAGGAGGUACAGAGGGAAGUGCAGAUGGAUGGUGGAGUGGGGGCAGAGGUAGAACAGGACUUGGAAAUGACUUAUAACCCCCAUUGUGAGAAGGACUGCAGUUGCCCAUGCCACCUUGAGCGGCCAGGAAUGAGGCUGGUGUGGGUUCCUGUGGAGGCCGAGGAUGAUGAAGUGGAUGGAACCAGGGAUGAGGAGGAUAAAGCCGCAAAACCAAGUGAAGGCGAGGGAGGGAGUGGUACAGAGGAGGAGAUGGAAGAGGAGGAGGAGGAGGAGGAGGAAGAAGAGGUGGAAGAAGAAGAGAAAGAAGAAAGUGGGUCUUCAGGAGUGGAGGAGGAGGGGGCCCAGCUGGGCAGGGCAGAGAGGGCAAAGUUUCAGGAAGUUUUAGACAUCAUGAUGAGCGAGCAAACAAGGAGGAGGUCAAUGGAAACUGAUGUGCCCCAGGUUGUGUUGACCUCCUACAUUCCCCACAUCUCCCACACUCUACCUCCUAGUCUUCGUAAUGCAACUGUGGAAGAGGAAGAGGACUCGGUAUAUGAUACCACACUGGAGGAAAUUAUGUUGCCCUUGGUAAAACCAAAUCUAGCAUCAGAAAUGAAACCCAUAAACCCAGCUAAAUACACCACCAAACCCCGUCGCCGGGGCAGACUGUCCUGUCCUACAGAUAUUCAUGCUGAAUACAAUACAGAGCUGGAGCCGCCUCUGUCUCAGGGAACAGAGGACGUGCCCCCAGCCAUUCCUGCACGGGUCCCCAUUCCCAUGAGCCUUCAUCCUGCCAGUGUUCCUCGGAGCAGCACUCUGUCCCAGCUCUCCCGUGAGGAACGGAAUGCCUUUCACCGCUCGCCUCUUCUGCAACCUGCUGCUGACCACUGUCUGCCGUCCAGCCCACGCCUGCCUCACCGGCUUCCCCCACGGUCCACAAGUCCCCUCGUUCCCUGCCGGCCCCCUCCACAGCCCCCAAAAUCUGGCCCAGAAGGCAGACGCCUAAGCACCCUGUCUAUUCCAUCCACUCAACAACCUAGCGAUAUAGAGGAGGAUGGUGAGAGUGACAGAGAGAGAGAAGACACAUUGGGAGAGGAGCUGGGUCCUAAAAAUCUAUCAAGGGGAGUGUCUGUGGACCUGAAAACUCAACUCCAAGAUGAGCCCUUUUACCAGACGUAUCGCGACACGGUCAUCCACAAGGAGAUCAAACGGCAGACAGUUUGCCGAAACAUUAGUAAGACCAGCGUGGACUAUCAAAUGGACUGGGGCGUUCGGAGGGGGACUGAUCCGGAGGGAAGAGGCCGGGCCAGGGGGGGCUCCACACAGAGCACGCUGUGGCAGGACAUUCCCUCAGUGAGGGACAGUGGCAUCCUGCAGGCACUCAGCCCUGUGCAGCGGCAGCACCAGGAGAGUAUGUUUGAAGUGCUGACCUCAGAGGCCUCAUACCUGCGCUCCCUCCGGGUGCUUACGGAUCACUUUAUGGAGUCUCGUGAUCUGCAGGACACGCUCAUCGUCCGGGAGAAGAAGACCCUCUUCUCCAACAUCGUGCGCGUGCGUGAGGUCAGCGAGAGGUUUCUGACGGACCUGGAGGAACAGAUAGAAAAAAGCAUACUGAUCUCAGAUAUCUGUGACAUCAUCUACUACCAUGCCCAGCAUAACUUCCCUGCCUACGUUGACUACGUUCGUAACCAGAUAUACCAGGAUCAGACCUACUCCGACCUUAUGCAGAAGAAUGCACAGUUUGCGACUGUGAUUUCCCGCCUGCAAGAGUCACCACAGUGUCAACGGCUACCUUUCACGUCUUUCCUGUUGCUGCCCUUCCAGCGUAUCACCCGCAUCAAGAUGCUUAUUGAGAAUAUCCUUAAACGGACACAAGAAGGGACAAAGGAGGAGGAGACUGCCUCCAAAGCCCUGGCCGCUGUUUCUAAGAUCAUUGAGGAGUGCAAUACAGAGGUGGGGAAGAUGAAGCAUACGGAAGAGCUGAUCCAUAUUGCCAAGACCCUGGAGUUUGACAAGUUAAAGGCCAUUCCCAUUAUUUCCCAGAACCGUUUUGUGGCAAAACAAGGGGAGCUUCAGGAGAUGGCCAAAGGAGUCUCUCUAUUCAAUAUCCGUUCCAAAUUCACCCCAGUUUUCCUUAUCCUCUUCAAUGACCUCCUCAUCCUUACCAGCAAGAAGAGCUCAGAACGGUAUGUGGUGAUUGACCAUGCCCACCGGUCGCUGGUCCAGGUGAAGGUCUUUGAUGAGGCUUCUCCCGGUCCAGGCUUCGAUAACUGUUUCUGUUUGAUCCUGCUGGAGAACCACCAGGGUCGCAUCAGCGAGCGUCUUUUGAAAGCCCCAACCGAGUCAGACAUGCAUAGGUGGAUGGCAGCUUUCCCUGACCCUGAUGACCCAAAAAGAGAUGUAGAGGAGGUUGUGUAUGAGGACUGGGACUGCCCACAGGUACAAUGUGUAGAGCCAUACAUUGCCCAGCAGGCAGAUGAGCUCACACUGGAACCUGCAGAAAUCGUUAAUGUUAUUCGCAAGGGUAAUGAGGGUUGGUAUGAGGGCAUCAGGCUGUCUGAUGGGCAAAAGGGCUGGUUCCCUGUGGGCAACGUUCUAGAGAUUACCAACGAGCACGUUCGAAGGCGCAACCUUCGCGAAAGGUACAGAGUCAUCCAGGCAGCGAGCGCCCUCUCCCUUGGAUCUAAGUUUAGGUCUGGACCUUAGCAGAACUGUUACCAGAAACAUGAUAACCUUGGGAUGCCAUCCCAAGCUGAAAACAUCCUCAGCCCAGGAGAGAAAGAUGCAGCCUGCUUGAAGACACUUGGACCGAUUGGAUGUGGCAAAUGUGCACUCAGGGACUGGAAAAGGGAAGUUAUUUGAUGGACACUACUUCCUGAAUGCUGUAUGAAAAGAAUGUUGGGUGGGUUGAUUCAUUGAUUCAUUCAUUACACUGAACACUAAUGCCAGAACACUUGUUUUGUUCCUAAAUUGUAAAUUGUGUAUGUAUUUUACACCAUACCCUUGCCUGUCUUGGGGAACCAACACUACUGGUGCUUCUGCAGGAAUGUCCUACUGUAAAUGAAACAAAUUUUUCACAUUUUUAUGGGACAUGAACAGCUGCCCAUGUGUCAAUUGGAGUAUAAUUGCACACACUGCACCCACGCCAUACAUUCAUUCCUGUACAUCCAUACUAACCAGAUGAACUUGAAAACAUCUUGAAACAGAAAAUUACAUCAUAACUGAAGUAGGAAAAUGAACUUUGAGGAGUUACAACACUGAUACUGCUUAGUAAAUGAAUACCUAUGGUUUACUACACUUUUCUGAACUUUGAUAGCACCUGGGGUUGAAUUUUAUAGAAGGGCCUGAGUUGCAGAAAACACUUUUGACAAAACAAAACAUUAUCUGGAAUGAUCUAGGUUUUGCUGCAUGUAACAAUAGACCUGACCCAACUAGUUCACCAUCUACUCCCAUAAAGUGUUAUAUAAAUUAUUUUAUAAUAUUAUGUCCAUAUUUUAUGUGAAAAUAUGUAUUAAAAAAACAGAAGCUCUUGCUUGGUCAUACUGUACAUGUUGCUCUUCCUUUUUUGUUUGUCCCUAGAUGAACAGUGACUUUAAUGCAGAAUAGGAUGUUGGAGUUGACUAACUGGUACACUAGGCAAUUCAAUUCCUAUGCAUUUUUACUUACAGUAAAGGAAACAAACACAAACACUUUUGUAAAAUAAAGCAGGAAUAAAUCAUUCGUAUCUCAAUAAUAUAUUUCAUGGGGAAAUUCCCCUUUUUAUUAUCAAAAGAACUGACCACUUUACCAUUGCUGAAUGUACUGUAUUUGUAUAUAGAUAAUUUAGUUUUAAAACCAGUCCUGGACAACCAGUCCGUUUCAGUCGUAUAGGGCUAUAUGGUGAUACAGCACUCCCUGAUGUUGAUAUUCUGUGUGGAUGGAUGUGUACCCACCCAUGAACAUUUGGGUAUGUGAAUGGUUUUCCUUUCAUUGAGAUUAAUUGUGUACUUAUUAAUAAACAAUUUCAUAGCAUUUUCA